AUGGUCCCCUCCCCUGGUCCCCUUCCCUUCGACGACGCAGGCGCCAACGACGUGAUACUCGCCAGCACAGACGCUGCGGACGUCUUCAACGCCGCGGGCGCCGACAACGGCCGUUGUGUGAGGGGCGCCAAGGGUAAUAUGAAGGGGCCCCAGCAUUAUGUCCGAAUGCAGCCACGUGCGGGAGAAGCAACCCGAAACAACGUCCCGCCCCCCUCACCUUCAACACCUCAGUGCGAGGUCUAUUCCCUACGAUUAGCCACAUAA